AUGAUGGAGAUCUUCUGCCGCGGCAUCCCCGAGCAGGUUUCGGAGAAACACUUGAGGAAAGAGCUCAAACCUAUCCUAGAGCGCUUUCAGAUAUCUGUCUACGAUUGCCAAAAAGUGGGCAGGAAGAAUGCCAGAAUUACAGUCGCAGACGUGCAAAAGGGCCAGCGCGUACUCGAUGCAUACGAAUACCGGGGAAAGGCUACGCAUGGUGCAUCCAAGCCAUUUUAUCCUAACGUCACUCUCAAGUUGUUCGGUUUCCCUAUCCAAGUGUCGAAAAGUUAUAAUACACCCCACCAGUUGCUUGUACAGUCUCUGUUGGAAGAAGAGGAAUCGAAUCGUGCGGCACGGUUCACGGCCGCUCCAAGAUCGAUUACAGGGGAAGUUCAUAGGGUUAGACGAUUCCUUGUCACUAUGAUGUCGUGCGGGUCGUGGGACUACCGCCAAAAUCGGCCAGUCUUUGUUGAAUAUUUUCGGCUGCCAUACCGCGGGUCCAUCACCCUUGGGAAGACGAUGUUCGAUGCCACUUUUACAGAUAUUCAGACUUCAACGCAUUUCUCCGUUGAGAUCCCAUAUAGGAAUAUUGUUGACUCUAUUUAUGUGGGAGCAUUUGGGACACCGUCUGUUACAAUUACGACCUACGUGGCUCCUAGAUUCUACAUUUCCGAUCCUAUAGAGCAAAUGAAAGUGCAAAUGGCGAUGCUAUUCAAGAGAAAUGGGCGACCACCACCUGCUAAAAGAAGAGUCGGGUUUCUUUUAGACGGACACGAGAGAGUUUCUGCUAGGUUUUUUACCUAUCGAUUCGUCCUUCAAGACCCUCGGGAUACCGGUGUGGUGCGCAACCUAGGAAAUGAUCGGAGUAUGCCCAAGAUGAAUACGUGGUCUGAUUUAUGUGUCUCUCCCCGAACAUCUUACGCUGUUCUAGAAAAGGAACUCGAGAGAUACCUAGGGAGGAUGCCCUUCGGGUAUCGUGUCAAAUUUCAAUUACAGAGGCUAGUAUGGAACGGAGUGCUUUCGCUAGACCGGGCAUCACUCCUGUUCCCCGUAGUCCAUCGACUUCACCUACAACAUGAUCCUAAUACCAUCGUUCAAGCACUUACGCGCCUGAGCCGAGACUUGCCGUUCCCUGCUCCCGGUGUACUGCCGAGUGAAGUUGGGAUUGAAGCAAUUACUGAAGCAUUGGAAGACACUAUCGACUCCAUUUUACACAACGGAAGUGAUUCGGAUUUUAAUCUCAUACACCGAAAUAAUGUUUCAGUACAUCGAGCAAUGGUUACUCCCUGCGGAGUUUAUCUCUUUGGACCGUAUGCAGAAGCGAAGAACAGAAUCUUGCGCAAAUACGCUGACAACAUUGAUCACUUCCUACGUGUUGAAUUCCUGGAUGAAACCGGUGAUCCUGUGUUUUUUGAUCCAAAUGCGAAUCUCGAGUCGAUCUUCCAUAACAGAUUUGCUGGCGUUAUGAAACGUGGAAUUGAGAUUGCUGGCCGUAAUUUCAAAUUCCUCGGAUUCUCGCACUCUUCUUUGCGGUCACAGACAUGCUGGUUUGCUGCACCAUUUACUACAGCGGAAGGAGAGUAUCUCGAUGCUACUACUAUAAUCAGCAACCUGGGCCACUUUGAUCAUAUACGUUCUCCUUCAAAACAGGCGGCUAGAAUUGGACAAGCAUUCUCUGAUACUCUUACCUCCAUUUCAGUCUCUAAGGAUGCCGUAUGGAUGAGAGCGCCAGAUGUGACAAGGAAUGGACGCGUUUUUAGCGACGGGGUUGGAGUGAUCUCCCGUGAGCUGAUGUACAAGAUUUGGGAUGAAUAUGCUCUUCGAGAAAAGGUGAAGCCGACAGUUUUCCAGAUAAGAAUUGCCGGGGCUAAAGGGAUGGUUUCACUCGACACCACAAAGCAAGGAGAAUUCCUGAUGCUGAGAGAAUCUAUGGUAAAAUUUCCCACAGACGAUUCAUAUAACAUUGAAAUCUGUGGAGCUGGUAUUAGGGCACUGCCAUUUUACCUCAACAGCCAGAUUAUCAAAAUCUUAGAGGACCUAGGGGUCCCGUUUGCUGCUUUCCGCCAACUGCAGAAGGACGAAAUAGACUCACUCUAUUCGACAUUCGAAUCUACAGAAAAAGCAGCACAAUUCCUUGAAGAGUCACCUGUGCCAAAAUCACUUCGGUUGCCAUGGCUACUGGCCAUUUUAAAGGGGCUGGGAAUACGCUAUACUCAUGACCCUUUUUUGCAUCGGGUAAUGGAAUUGACAACUCUACUAAAACUUCGUGACCUGAAGUAUCGCGCUAGAAUUCGUGUUCCCAAUGCUAUCACGCUUUACGGAAUCAUGGAUGAAACAGGAUAUCUAGGGAAAAAUGAGAUCUAUUGUGCAUAUCUAGCAGAAAAUGGCCGCCGGGAGAUUCUUGUUCGUAAUAAUAUAGUUAUUACGCGAUCACCAGCACUGCACCCCGGCGAUAUCCAGCUUGUGAAUGCUGUCGACGUUCCAGCCAAUUCGCCACUUCGCAAGUUGCAUAACUGUGUUGCAUUUAGCCAGCAUGGAGCUCGUGAUCUUCCCAGUAUGUUAAGCGGUGGAGAUCUCGACGGUGACCUUUACAACAUUAUUUAUGAUAGCAGCUUGAUCCCUCGGGGAACUUGCUCACCGGCCGACUAUCCGCUAGUCAAAGCCAGAGAAUUGGAUAGAAAGGUCGAAAGCAAUGAUAUCAUCGAUUUCUUUGUGACUUUUAUGCAGCAGGAUCAAUUAGGCCGCAUUGCAACUGCCCACCAAGCUAUUGCGGAUCAGUCACAACUCGGGACUAGAGACAAAGAUUGCUUAAAGCUCUCUGAAUUGCAUUCUGUUGCGGUUGAUUACUCUAAGAGUGGAAUACCAGUCAAUGUCCAGAGCAUUCCCAGGGCCCCAAGAUAUCGUCCAGAUUUUAUGGCUCCCAGCCCACGGUUUCAUAUAUCUGACAGCAUUGAAGAUAUCAUAACCGCUUCAGAGAAAAUUCUCGAGGACGACGAUGACAACGACCGCCCAAGAACCCUAUACUACAAGAGCCAUAAUAUUCUUGGCCAACUCUAUCGUUCUAUUGAUGAGCAGAGCUUCCUCCGAAAGCUACGAGAUGUAGGGACUGUCGACAAUAGCAAUCGUAAGAGCGCACUGCAGAUGGUUUGGAAAUACGUACAGAAGGAAAUGGAUGGGUUUUUCUGGAGCCAUCUCACAGGAAUCUGCAAGGACAUAAAAGAAAUUUACGAGGAUCAACUUAGAGAGCUAAUGCGGCAAUACUCAGCGACUCCAUGGAAGAGCUCUAUCACGGAGUAUGAAAUCUUUGUUGGCACAAUUCUUGGCCACGGACACAAGCAGCGCCGGAGAGAUAAGGAAAUUUCAAAGGAGAUGCGAGACACAUACAAUCGUCUCGUCGAUUUCACUCUGUCCAGGAUCCGAGAUACGGAAUCUGGCGGGACAGAGGCUCUCGAGCGCUCGAUUGCAUGUUUUUGGGUAUCCAUAAAUGAAAACAGCUUAUCGCAGAAGCCAGGAAUCCAGACCUCAAACCAAGAUAAGCUGCUCAGUUUUCCGUGGAUAGCUGCCAUGGCGUGCCUGAACGAGGUUGACAAGUUCCAAAGAUCUACUCCAUUUUAA